AUGGACUGGGGAAAAGAUGAAAUGCCGUCCCCGGUGGUCCGAGAUGACCUGGUGACAGUUGCCGCGCGUCGAAUGAAGAAGGUGGCAUUUCCUUCACCCGGCAACGGCAGUCCCGCCAUAUCUCCGGUAACGCCAGCGCGUUCCGCGUUGAGGAACACGGCCGGAUCGCUCUUGAGACAAGCCGUAACUCCCAGGGUUCCGGAUAUUUCCGCCAUUUUGGCUUCCGCUGGCCAAACCCCUCGCUUCGUACACACGCCCAAAAACACGAGCGGCGGUCUGAAUUUGGACGACAGCGACUGGACUAAUAGCCUGUACGCGUCCCCCGUGACGGGUCUGGAGAACACCAGCUUCUUCACGGAGGACAUCGCCCCUCUCGGUUCGGCCUUGCUAAAGGAGGAUGACCCCGGAGAAGCCGCCGCCACCAGUCUUUUCGCAGAGUUCCUAGCGUCCUUUUUGAAGCACUCCUCUUCUGCGGUCUUCGACCUGCUGGAUGAUUACCAAGCCCUCUGCCAGGAUAAGGUGGAAGUGCUGCAGUCGGUGGUCAUGCGAGCGGGUCAGAACAGCAAGACGGUGGGAGUGCGCUGGCUCCUGAAGCAGGAGUGCCACACCUGGAGACUGAUCUCGUCCCUCUACAGGGAUCGAGUGCAGUUGGCAAUGGAAGAUGACAUGAUGCUUGACAUGACUAGCCCCAAUGAAAGUGAAAAAAUGGUGGUGGAGCAGCUAUUCCAACGCGAUGCGCUCGUACGUCAAAGUCAGCUGGUGGUGGAUUGGCUGGAGAACAUCGCCAAGGAGCAGAUGGCAGACUUUUCCGAUAACAUUGAGUAUUACGCCAAAAAUGUUUGCUGGGAGAACACCCUGCACGAGUUGAAGGUGCGAAGCCAGACCGGCAACGUCUCGGCGUUCCCGCUGGUGACUGAACUGGACCCGGACGCGCCCUUCCGCCAGCGGCGACCCCUCGCCGACCUGGACCGGGAAGACGACGUGCGUUUGCUCAAGACUGUGUUCGCGCUCAUCCGAGCCGGGAUGACUGAGGAGGCUCAGAGGCUGUGCACGCGAUGCGGUCAGGCCUGGCGAGCUGCCACGCUGGAAGGCUGGAAGCUCUACCACGAUCCCAACAUCAACCCGGAAAGCGCAGAGUUGCGGCCGGUUGAAGGAAAUCCUCAAAGAGGCAUCUGGAAGGCCUGCAGUUGGAGGAUGGCCGCGGAGGAGCAGCUCAACAGAUACGAGCGCGGCAUCUACGCCAGCCUGAGUGGAAAUCUGAAACCCGUGUUAGCCGUGUGUGAAUCGUGGGAGGACUGCGUCUGGGCUCACUUCAAAGUCAUGGUGGACACGCUGGUGGAGAAGCACCUGAUGUCGUUGGGGAUGGCCCACCAGGAAGUGGAGAAGCUGCCGCGGGAAUACCUGGAAGCCAACUGGACUACGGAAAAAGUGUUUGAGGAGCUCCAAGCGUCAGAGUCAAAGAGGGUGUUGGAGGAGACGCGAGAGCACUAUCACGUCAUUCAGAAGUUUAUCAUCCUGGGAGACCUGGACGGUCUUCUGGACGAGUUUUCCAAUUGGGUGACGGCCUCCGAGGCGCUCCCGUCGCACCUGCUGCGUUUCAUGAGUCACCUGCUGCUGUUUUUCCGCUCCAUGGGUUUGGCCCUGAAGGAGGACGUCUGCGUGGAUGUGCUGAAGGCCUACGUGAGCCUGCUCGUCCGGGACCGGCACACCGAUCUGGUGGCGAACUACGUCAGCCAGCUGCCGACCUACCUGGCCACCGCUCGCUACGCCGCUUUCCUGGAGACGCUGGAUCAGCCGGAGCUCCGUCCCCGCUGCUUGCGGCUCGCCACGGAGGCCGGUUUGGACGUGGCUGCCGUGACCAAACUGGUGGUGGAGAUGGUGAGAGAAAGAGAUGACGGAGACUUCACGCACCACAGGCAGAAUCUGGAGACGGGAACCACAAAGGAAGACCAAGAUAAGAUCGACGUCAUCGACUGGCUUUUGUUUGACCCGGCCCAUCGAGCCGAAGCCCUGAAGCAGUCCAACGCCAUCAUGAGGAGAUUUCUGGCUCUGGAGAAACACCACGCGGCCAAAGCGGUCUUCUCUAAAGUUCCCGAGGAUUCCAUGAGAGAAAUCUACUGCCAGUGGUCCGGUCUGGGCCAGUCCUCGCCUUUGCCCGCCGAGGACGAGAACGCCAUCAGAGAGCACCUGUGCAUCAGAGCCUACCUGGAAGCCCACGAAGCCUUCUCCGAGUGGUUCGGUCACAGUCGCGCGGCUCCCCAAAAGCCGACACCUUUGCCAGAAGUCAAAUUUACAGAGCGAGUGGCCAAUGAGAUGAAAGAAAAGGAAUACCAGGCCGCGCUGUCCGCCUGGUCGAGCCGCCUGGACGCCCUGACCGAAGACGUGAAGGAAAGAAUUUACAACGUGCUGCUGUUUGUGGACGGGGGCUGGAUGGUGGACAACACACAGGAUUCGGAGCAAGAUGCCGAGCGCGUCCACCAAAUGUCGGCGCUGCGCUCGCUGUGUCUGCCCCGCCUCAGUUUCCUGCUGCUCAGCGUGCUGCAGAGCUCCGCCAGACACCGCGAGGCUCUGCGGCUCGCCGACAUCAUCUCGUCCGACCAUUAUAAGCUCUACCAGGUGUUUUCCAAAGAGGAGCUGAGACGCUUCCUCCUCAAGUUGAGGGAGUCGUCGCUCUCGCUGUUGGACGAGGGACUCGACCCGCUCGGCUACGAGUUGCAGCCGUAA